AUGACCGUACCAGUCGACACCAAGCCUGCCGCGGGCGAACGAGCCGCCGCCAGCGCCGUCGUUGUCCCGUCUCGCCCCACCCCUCUGCCCGCCAACUCGCACCUCCGCUCAGCCGACAACUACGACGUCUGGUGCAUCCAACUGCGCGGCCUUAUCGGACCGGACGCGUACAAGGUCAUGACGGGCGACCUCGCCCGAGGCGAGGGGGGGGAUUUCGGUCGCCGACUGGGAUCGCCUCAACGACACGACGCGCAUGCGUACUGGGCCGCGCUGCGCGACACGUUCCGCCCUACGGACGUCCAAGGCGCCCUGCGACUCCUCACUCGCUUCUGGUUGCUCUCGCUCCCCACCGCCUUGCCUGAGGCGUUUGACACGUUCGCCAAGGACUACAAGGCCACUCUUGCAGCCCUCAAAACGGCGCAGGUCGACCUCGAAACGAUCUACUCGUCACACCUCCUCAACGCGCUGCCGGCCUCCCUCAGCUCGCUGCAAACAUCGCUCGCCGUGGCCAACCAGUCGACCCUCCCACGCCCGGACGCCAUCCUCGAGAUCGUACGCAACGAGAUCCUCCGUACUGCACCCUCGACCACCGGCGUCGCACUUCUUGCCGCCCGGAACAGCGAUCCGCCGAGCUCGCCCUGCCCCGCCUGCAAAGGCAUGCACUGGCUCCGGGAGUGCGACCCAAAGAAGCGCGACGAGUACCGCGCCAAGCAGGCCAAGCAGCGCAAGGAGCGCGCCUCCGCCCGCCUCGCCACCGCCACCUCGUCUCCAGCGCCGCCCUCGUCCUCGGCUCCCGCUCCCACCGCCGCCCUCGCCGAGCUACUCGACAGCGACGGCGUCGAGGCGUGGAUCAGCGGCAUCGCGCCCUGCCCGCCCGUCCCUACACGCGAAGUCACCCUCGACAGCGGCGCCACACACAGCAUGUGCGGGGACAGCCGCCUCUUCUCGUUGCUCCGCUCAUGCACGCUUUUGCCCGUGGGGGGGUUAUCCGGCAAGAACGGGCUCAAGGUGAUGGGAGUCGGCUCGCUCUCGGUCAAGCUCGCCAGCGGACGCGUCGUGAAGGUCGAGCGCGCCCUCUUCGUUCCCGGCAUCACGGUCAACCUCGUCUCGACCUCCCAGCUCUACGACUUGCACGGCGUCACCACGACUUUCGGCAAAGGCGCCGUCCUCUCCCGCAACGGCCAAGUCGUCGCCACCGGCUCACGCCUGACGUCGAACCUGUACCAACUCGACGGCGCGCUUGUGGACCCGCCCGCUGUCGAGGGUGCGUCCGCCCUCCUCGCUUCAGGCCCGGUAACCACCGAGCUGACCACCUGGCACCGUCGCUUCGCACACCUCUCGCUCAGGUCGAUCGACACGCUCGCACGGUCCAAGCACGUCACGGGCUUGAAGGUGGACGGGAACGGCAGGUCGAAGGCCAGCGGUAGCCACGCCUGCAACGUCUGUCACGUUGCCCGCUCGUCGCGCCUCCCGUUCCCUCGGUCAGACAGCAUCGCCACAGCGCCGCUCGAGCUCGUCCACUCCGACGUCCUGUCAAUCAACGUGCCGUCUCUCGGUGGCCGUCGCUACGUUGUCACGUUCGUCGACGACCACACGCGCAUGCUCUGGGUCGAGCCUCUCGCACGCAAGUCGGACGUCAUCGAGGCUUUCGUGCGCUUCAAGGCCGUCGUUGAGAACGAGUCAGGCAGACGGAUCCAGCGGUUCCGGAGCGACAACGGCGGCGAGUACAUGUCCCGCGCCUUCGACGACUUGCUCGCCGAGCACGGCAUCACGCGCGAGUUGCCACCGCCUUACUCGCCGCAGUCCAACGGCGUCGCCGAGCGCGUCAACAGGUCGAUUGUCGAGGGCAUCGUCUCCCUGCUUGCGCAAGCCGGAGCUCCCAAGACGCUCUGGGCAGAGGCUCUGCAGGCUUUCGUCUUCGUCAAGAACCGGUCGCCUCACGCAGCCCUCGCCGGGAACGUCCCUCUCGCGGUCUGGCAAAACCGGCCCGUUCGCGUCGACAUGCUGCGGACGUGGGGAUGCCGCGCGCGGCACACCGUCACCAACGGCCGCUCUAAGCUUGACGACUGCGCCAUCCCGCUCAUCUUCGUCGGCUACAAUGGUGACACGGCUGCCUACCGCCUCUACAACCCGGUCACGCGCAAGACGAUCCGCUCCCAGGAUGCGAGGUUCGUCGAGGACGAGUUCCCUCUCCUCGCCUCGCGCACGACUGAGGCCUCGCCGGGCACGCAGGCGAUCGAGCCUGCCGAGAUUGUCGUCACCAUCGCACGGGACGACCAGCCUCCGCGCGCUCCGCCAGCCCCCGUCACACCGGCUGCGCCAACAGUUGCCACGCCGCACGCGCCCGCACGUCACGGCCUCGAGCACGCCACGCCUGUCACGCCCGCUCCCUCACGACCCGACUUCGCAAGGGCGUCAGCGCCAACGCCGUCCACAUCCGACUCGCCCGAUCCCCUCAACUUCCUCUCGGAUCCCUUUGGUGCAACCCUCGCCGAGGUCACCGGCCUCAUCGCUGCCGCCUCAGGCGAGCUCGACGCCGCCGACGACGCCUUCUCGCUCCCCACCUCGGACCCUCGCAACCAUCGCAAGGCUAUGCGAGACUCGGACAUCGAGCGCUGGCGCGCCGGCAAGGACGAGGAGUUCUCCUCGCUGCGGGACAAGUUCAAGGUCUUCCACAUCGUCGAGCGGAAGGACGUACCACAGGAUGCGAAGAUCCUGGGCUGCCGCUUCGUCUAUCGCCGCAAGAAGGACGAGCACGGACGGGUCACCGGGCACAAGGUUUGUCUCGUCGCGCAGGGUUUCUCGCAGCGGCCCGGCGUCGAAUUCCGCGACACCUUCGCUCCGGUCGCCAAGUUCACGUCGAUACGUGUGCUACUCGCCCUCUCCGCCCGGCACAAGAUGCUCAUUCACCAGGCCGACAUUGACAAGGCCUACUUGCACGGCUCUCUGGACAAAGAGCUGUACAUGCGCAUCCCGGAAGGCAUCGACGGCGGCGAGUACAGCGGGAAGGUCCUCAAGCUUGACCGCGCCUUGUACGGGCUCAAGCAGGCCGGCCGCGUGUGGAACCACCGCAUCGACCGCACGCUCCGCCGACUCGGGUACCGGCGAACAGUCUCUGACACGUGCAUCUACUCUCGUCAGGCAGGGGGGGUCUACCACUACAUCGCGCUCUACGUCGACGACCUCCUCUUCGUCUCGCCCUCGCUUGACGAGAUCACACGCGUCAAGUCUGGCUUGAAGGAGGAGUACGGGAUCAAGGACCUCGGCGCCGCUAAGUUUAUCCUUGGCAUCCAGAUCCACCAGCGCACCGACGGCUCCCUCUUCCUCUCGCAACGCGCGUAUCUCGAAGACGUCCUCCUCCGCAUCGACCCGAACGGCACUCGCACCGCGCCGACGCCCAUGGUACCGAACCAGCAACUCGUGCCCGCCCCCGACGAUCACAAACCCACUCCCGAGUUCCGCCGUCGGUACCUCCAGGCCGUGGGCUCGCUCAUGUACACCAUGCUUGGCACACGCGUCGACCUCACCCACGUCGUUGGCGUCCUUGGUCGCCACGCCGCCCACCCGGACAACACUCACUGGGCUGCCGUCCUUCGCGCCCUGCAGUACAUCCGCGGCACCCUCGACUACGGCCUCGAGUACACGCCCGACUCGUCGCCUCUUUGCGGCUUCGAAGCCUACUCGGACUUCGACUGGGGCGCCUGCCCAACAACGUCGCGGUCGACAAUGGGCUACGUCUUCCUCCUCGCCGGCGGCGCCGUCUCCUGGUCGUCCAAGCUGCAGCCUCGGGUGACUGCCUCCUCGACGGAAGCCGAGUACCUCAGCCUGUCGCACGCGUGCAAGGAGAACGUCUUCCUCCAGCAGCUCCUCAGCGAACUCGGCUUCCCCACCGACGGCGCCGCCAUCCUCUACGGCGACAACCAGGGCGCCAAUGCUCUGUCCAAGGACCCGCAGUUCCACAACCGCACCCGUCACCUGCGCCUGACGGAACACUUCGUCCGCGAGCAGGUGCAAGAUGGGUCCGUCCGCGUCGAAUACAUCCCGACGGCGCGGAUGAUCGCCGAUGCGAUGACCAAGUCGCUGCCGGCGCCGAUCUUCGAGCGCCACCGCGACGCCUUCGGGGUUCGCCCGCUUCGAGCGAGGGGGGGGUGUUGCAGCCAAGCGGUCUUAGGCACUCUCUUCUCCGCCGAACCCUCAUAG